UGUGUGAGACUUGCCCAUGCUGCUCUUCUGAUUAGGAGUUUACGGACCACUUUCAACAUCAACAUUCUCUGGUAGAACCACCGCGGGUUUUGGGAGCGGAAUUUUGAAAAAGAUCGGAAAAUUCUGUUUCUUGACGAUUGGUGACGAUACCGACCCUGGUGGAAAAGUCAAAACUCGUGAACUUCGAACUGGAGGAUGUUUCGAACGCUGAUUUCAGCCGCAAAAUGCCGUGCCACGUCAGUUCUAACAGCAAGAAAAUUAUUCAAGAACGUAUACCAGCCUAGUUUAGUACAACAAGUCAUCCGAAAGCAUUUCUCAGUACUCCACACCAAGCCGAAUAAUACCCUUUUAAAUGAGCCUCAACUAAUCAAGAACAGAAUAAACCUGGUCGAUACGAAGACCCUUACAAAAUUCUCUAUAAGAAAAGGUAGAAGAAAGGCGAACAAAGCUGUAAUUAAGAGAUUUUACAGGCUAGAUUGGGGUAUAUGGAUCAGGACAAAGUGUGGUCGUCACAAGAGACUGUGGAAGAAAAGGGCCUCAAGGAGGCGAAGAUUGAGACAGCACGUGUUUUGUAACGCUACCCAAAGCUAUCUUCUGGAUAAAAUGGUUGGUAGUUAUUGGAGAAAACCUAAAUAUUAUGUUGAUGAUCCUUAUGAACCUUAUCAUAAAAGGGAAGAUUUUGCGUAUUCUGCGCGUAAACCUAGACCUUAUUUUCCUCCAGGUGAAUUAUAAAUAAGUUUUUGUUAGUUUGUAAUCGAAUAAAGUAUUGAAUU